AUGAUCUCCUGUAGUUUGCCCCUUGCCUGUCUUGCGGUUCUCAUGCCAAUAGGCCUGGUCCACGCUUCUUCGGUUUUAUUCACCGGCGGCACAAUCAUUGCCUUUGACGACGCUACCAACGACCUUGAUGUUAUACGGAACGGCACCCUGCUAAUCAACAAUGACCGCAUUGCCGGUAUUUGGCCGGCGGAUGAGAGACAUACGGUUCCGGUCCCCUCAGACGUCGAAGUCAUCGACGCAGCAGGCAAGAUCCUCUCGCCAGGCUUCGUCGACACACACAGACAUGGUUGGCAGACUCUGUAUAAGACGCUAACAUCCAACACCACAAUUUCGGAGUACUUUGCCCGUUAUGGCGAAUAUACUGCCGCUGGCCGCCUGGACGCGGAACAGGUGUAUAUUCAACUCGCAGGCUUAUACGAGGGGCUGAACGCAGGUACGACUACAUCACUGGACCACGCACAUCACACUUGGUCGGACAAGACCUCAUACGCAGGCCUCAACGCUAGUUUCGACAGCGGUGCGCGGGUGUUCUGGGCUCACGCCUUCCACGAAGUCAUCAACUACACUAUCUCGCAGCAGCUUGCUAACUUUCGGAAUAUCGCAAAUGACGUCUCCUUUGAGAACACCACGGUCAGCCUUGGUGUCGCUUGUGACUUGUUUGACACCGUUGGUCUUGGCAGCUCUGUCGACCCUGCGUUGGUAACCGCCGUGUUCGACCUGGCCAAGGAAGUAAACGUCUCUGUUAUUACCACGCAUAGCAGUGGAGGGCCAUAUGGGCAUAUGCUCAACACCAGAAUUCCCGUCGUCUUCUCGCACGCCACACAUAUCGCCUACGAGGACGCUAUACUAUUGUGGAGCACAAACCAGCACAUCUCCAUUACACCCGAGACCGAAAUGGCACUUGCCAUUGGGUUUCCGCAUAGUGCGUGGAUUAUGGACCAAGCCUCGCUCGGUGUUGAUUCGCACGGCAUGGUUUCUACAGAUAUUGUGACCCAAGCUCGUAUGUGGCUACAGACAACGCGCCUCAGGAUUAACGACCAUUUGCUGGAGGAGUGGAUUAUUCCGUCCUCAACCCCUAUGAGCGUCGUCCAGGCUUUCCUUCUCGCUACGCGCAACGGUGGCCUUGCUCUACGUCGCCCCGACCUUGGGGUCCUUAGUGUCGGCGCCAAGGCCGAUGUUAUUAUUUGGGAUGGUACCAGUCCUUCAAUGCUCGGCUGGAUUGACCCUGUCGCAGCCAUCAUCUUGCACUCCAAUGUCGGCGACGUGGAGUAUGUCCUCGUUGAUGGGCGCUUCGUUAAGCGUGACUAUAAGCUGGUUGCCAAGGGCUACGACAACGUCAAGUUGCGUUUCUUGGAAGCCGCGAGGCGAGUGCAAGAUGACUGGCGCGAGUUCCCUUAUCCGGAGAGGCAAGAAUUCUUCACGACGGGCGCGAGGUUCCAAGAUCCCGUUCAAGUCGAUGUUGUGGCUGGAGACGGUACCGGAUACGGUCGGUUGUACGUCUAAGAGCACUCUCCUUUGCUGGCGCUCAUCCUGCAGUCGGCAUACCGCCGCCGUCGGAGUCUGCAAAUCUGCAGCGACUGCAUGGUGUUGUACAUCUUCCCAUGGGAUUGCGG